AUGCAGCGUGCCGCCGAAACUCUACUGCGGCGCUCGCUCGCCGAAGGAGCUGUAACGAUGGCCGAGUUGCAAGGUUUUAGCCAGAUGGACUAUGCGGGAGUGGCCCGCAUACUUAAGCUGGACGCAGCUCUAAGUGAGGCGGUUGUAGCUGUGAAGCUUCAAGAAAUUAACGGAGCCACCCUCUUGGCGAUCCAGCCCACAAAUUUUGCAUCUGCUCUUUCCCUUAGCCAGUCUCAGCAAGGCGAUCAUUUGGAAGCGUUUUUGUCCGCUCUAAAGGAGGUGGCGAAAAACCCGAAUGCAGGCGCGCAGCAGCAGGGGAUUGCCGCAGCCGAUGCUGCGGGCACAGCUGCUGUUAUUGCAACCAAACGUAAUCAGCGAAGCCACCCAGGAACGGGUGCGGCAGCAGCUUCUGUCCAGAGAAAGGUGCCAGCUCUCACCAAGGGUCUCCAUGCACCUCGUGUCUCGGGUCUCAAACGCCCAGCGCCUGUUGCCCCUGUUUUGGAAAAUGUUGUAGUUCCCCCAGCUCCCGUUCCUCUCUCAGUGACAUCACCAGUCACACGGGAGGGUGAAGCGCAGUUGAUACAGCAGUUAACAGACCCACCUGUCCCACUUGAGGGAAAGGGCAGCUUUGCAACAGAAUCAAGGGAACAGUGCCAGAAAAGGGAGAAGCGGCGGAACAAAUCAACCAGAGGGAAGUCUGGAGGUGAGGAUGAGGUGAAGAACCUACAGCGAAUGGAGCAGAAGAAGCUGCAGCAGCAACAGCAGGAGAUAGCAAACCUAGCGAACGGCAAAACGCGCCUGCGGGCGAAACUGAUAUCGUGGGCAGCUUCGAUAUUGGCUCUCAAAAACAGGUUUGAUGUGGAACUGAGGCGGCAGGUGGUGUAUAGGAGCAAACGGGCCCUUCUCUCUACGACCGGUUUUCCGGAAGGGGCGGGUGUGCAAAACGAACUACCCUCACUUGUACGGCGACUGGGGAGCUUGGAUGGACUCUCUGUAGCCUUUGAGUGGAAACCCCAAAACCCUGAACAAAUUUCUUACCUUAUUUGCAGCAAUAAGCUGACGCGACCCACAGUGAAGCUUUACUUUGCCUUGGUAAACGGAGCGUUUAUAUUGACGGAAGAGUUCCUCCAGGAAGCUAAGAAACAGAAGGUGUGGCCAGAUCCCCGUCACUUCCAGCGGCCAGACUUCCCCUCAGUUGAACAGCGAGAGAAAACUCGUUGGCUUUUGAGGAGCCUGCGUAUCUGUAUCGACGGGCCGUACCGCCCCUCUGGCCUGUCCAAACAUCAGUUACAGGCAUUGGCUAUCGCUGCUGGAGGAGUCAUAGGGGACGAUGCAUCUGCGGCUGUCCGGCUGCUGGAAGACGCAGAGGCGCUGCGCCGUCGGCAGGCCAGAGGCUUAUGGGACUUUCAGGGAGAAAAAAGAGCUAAGCCUAUUGCUAUUUCAACUAAGUGGCUACUUGAUUGCAUCCGGUUAUGGCAGCUGCUGCCAAGGGACCAGCAUGUGCUCAGCCUAUCGUGCUCUCCUCCAAACAACUCUGGGAAACGCCUGAAAGGAGGGAAGCGAGAGAUCUCGAUAGAGAAGAAGGAGAAAACGGAGGGCGAGCCGAAAAUACCGCCAGAAUGCAUGCAAGAGGGCGGCAACCGUUCGACCCUUAGCGACGGCUUGAAAGUGCAGCAACCGCGGGUUGCAGGGUUCGAACAAAUAGUAGAAAAUCAAACAAUGCGUGGACGGAAGCCAGGUACUGGAAUAGUGUCGAAAAAAGAUGCUCCGCAGCAAGAACAGGUAGAAAAGUCGGAGCCAAGUCUUGUGCAGUCACAUGUGCAGCCGCGGGGUUCACCAAUAGCAAAGGAUGCGGGCCAGCAAGCUAUCAAGAAGCCCCCCUCCGGAAAACGCCUUCGAAAUGAAGAAAUGAAACUUGGUGGGAAUGCUUCGCGCAAGAAGAAAACACACACUUCUCUAGAAAAAGAGAAGCACGGCACAAAUGUGCCGCCACACGCCACAGACGUAUGCCCAGAGAGUGUUUGCGAAGUCCCGGCCACUUCAGAUGAGGCAGUGGCUGUCUCAUUAGACACAGCCACUACACCAGGAGAACAGAGCCACCAUGCUAGCAAGCUCACAGUGGGAAUACCUGAACUUGAAGCGGGCUGCCGUGACAUUGAUGACCGUUUGGGGACCCUGCCUGCUGUGGGUGACUGGGAACCGAGAGAGGAUGCCUCGUCCGUUGGAGUGAUGGCUGCUAGGGAAGCAUCCUCGGCUUCUGCCGCUCCGGACCAAGCAGCCGAAAAUUCCCCUCAACGAGACUGCCCAGCUAUCAUAUCGCACACUACAGCUGGCGGGAAAUCUGCAAAUCUUGCUGGAGUACAUCUCGAUGUGGCGGGGCUGUUCGAGCCGGACGAAGCUGGCAGUGCCGUAUACAACUUCGAUCUACAGGACCAGUGCAGCCUAGGACAAAAGUUCGAGGAUAUUCACAGGGACGGCAUCGCAAACACUCAACGAGAUGCUGUAUGCCACCUGGACGAGAACAUUCCGAGCAAUAACUGUCAAGACCGCAUGGGGGACCUAUGA